AUGUGCCUUCUUGCCGGCUUCUGCGAGUGUCAGCACUGUGAAGAGGGUCUGGCCGAAGCUGCGCUCGUGAUCGGUCUGAGCUCGAGUCUGCGCCUCGACCCACGCGCAGAUGACCCGUCGAUAGCUCCUGUCCCCGAGGCUCGAGACCCCCCGCGCCUCGAGUCUCGCUUGACUGAGCUGGCGAAAAAGCAAACUGGCCACCCAGUUCUGCUUGGCAGUCGACGCUGCGGACGGAAAGCGGCGCAAGGCGGGUUCACAUGCGCGUGCAUCUUCUCUUUCUUCUCCUCCUCUUCUUCUUCUUCCGCUUCCAAUUCCACCAGCUUCUUCUCCUCCUACUCAUCCUGCAAUGUCGUAGUUGCUAUGCUCUUGUUUGUCGGAGAUCAGACAGACUCGUCGACACGCACGCUUUCUACCUCAAUUCGGCGUCAUCCAACGGCUCUUGACGCCGACUUCCAAACGACACUUUCUCUUGCCGCAUGCACGAAAGACGCAAGGCAAAACAUGCAGGAGACUGUGCAAGUCCCGCGUCCAAUGGUCCUUUCAAGUGUUCCACAACGAAAGUGUUCGUCGAGUGCAGAAGCGGUAGAAUCGAACCGGGUUCAGACCUUUGCGGAAAAUGGGUGCUGCCAGACUGAGUCGCACGCAACGGCAUUGCGAGGCCUUGUGCUCAUCUCUUUGCGGUACCUUCGAGCAUUUCUCAUUUUGCCACCUCAACCAACAUGGGCUGAGUCAGGUUUGAAUAAUGGUGCAAUUUAA